AGUGAGCAACUAGUGAAUGUAGGCAAUGAGACAAUUUACUGGUCCCCUGUGCCAUUACGUAUCGUCAAAGUGAAGGUGUACAAGAUGGAAACAAUAAUCAUACGUAUGUUUGCAUUUAAAUGCAAAGUUUCUUCUAAUGAAGGUUUACGUCAACUAAAUGAAAGUUUUAUGAAGCGUUAAAUGUCAGUUGCGUUUCGAUGUUCCAGAACAUUUAAAACAUCUGAUAAUUCUGUAGAUGCAAUAUGGUUGAAAUUAUUGAAAUGUAAUCAAUAUAUGUAACAACUUUUGCUAUUAUUCAAAGAACGAUCGUAGACGUGUGGUUUUACACAGUCUGUAAAAACCAACUACUGAAGGAGAAAAAAAAAACUUUUUUCGAAUUGAUUCAGAUCAGGAUUUAUACGAUGCAACUUUUAGUGUUGGAAAUUGUGUUGUUUUCGUUUUGGAUAUUUUGUAUAAAGACAGGAAUGUCCAUAGCUAAGAAGAAAAUUAACACGGGGUUUAUCAUCGACGAAGAAGACAAGUCAAGUGAAAGAGCCUACAGAGUUGGAGUAGAAUUAUCACAGUUUAACAAACAGAACACCAUAAAAAUAAAAGAUUUCCUCAAUAAAACUAAUAUUGCUGACAGUUAUUCGUUCACAAAAUCAAUAUGUUCAUUACUCAUGGAAACCAUAUUCACCAUAGUUACAGCAGCAGACGUCCGAUCUUAUGAUGCUAUUGAAUCUUACAGCCAAGCCAUGCACGUGCCUGUCAUAAUUUACAAUGAUGUCCGAAAACUCCUGAAGCCCAACUAUAAAUAUCUUCUACAUAUUGCCCCAUCACAUAUGAAAGCUGUAGUAGAUUUCAUUAAAAUGCAUAAAUGGAGGAGGGUUUUCUAUCUUCAUGUUGAAAACGAUCCUCUGUGGCCUUGGCGAGUUUCAGAAAUAUUUACGUUAACAAAUACGACGGACAAAAUAAAUAUAAUACAACGACAUUUAGGAAAUCCUUAUGAUUCUUAUGAACAGCUACGGAUUUUAGAUAAAAUGGCGUUAUCACAAACAGAAAAGAUAUUUAUUUUAGAUAUACUAGAUAGAUCAAUAUUGCAAAUAAUAUUAAGACAGAUAACAGAGUUAGGUAUGAACAGAGAAGGAUAUAAUUACAUAAUUGGUGGCAUGGAUAUCCAGACUGUUGACCUGAAAAGUUUUGAACAUGGUGGAGCACGAAUUACGGGUUUCCAAAUAGUGGACAAAAACGGAAGUUUGUCAAAAGUUAUGACACCCUGGAAUAAAAGAACAAAUUCGGAGAUAAAGAAGGGCAUCCCAGUUCCACCGUUUACAAUGAAAGAGGUAUUUCUGUUGGACAGCUUUUGCUUUCUACAACAAGGGUUUGAGAAAAUAAAUCGAGAGGGACCCGAAUUUUUCCAGACGAGAGCUGGUAUACAUUAUAAUACAAAUUGUUCAAAAGAAAUAGUUUGUCAUAAAAAUAAAUAUCUUGAAAGAGGACCAAUAAUCUUAGAGUUUUUGAAGAAUACUUCAGCAUUAUGUCUUUCCGGAAAUGUACAAUUUGAUGAAAAUGGAUACCGAUCAAAAUACAACUUCGAUGUUCAUUCUUUAUACAAAAAGAAACUGCAAAAGAUUGGAAACUGGUCGUCUGAAACUGGAUACAACAGAGAUGUGAUAGAAGCUCUAAAAAAGAAGCAAAAAGAACGGAAGGGCCCAUAUAUAGUUACAUUAGUUGUGGAGGCUCCAUUUGUUAUAAAUAAGACAGAUAAAAAUGGAAAGGAAGUAUUUGAGGGAUUCUGUAUUGAUAUGUUCCGAAAACUUGCCAAUAGUUCACAGCUACAACUAGAUUAUAUAAUACGAAAACGGAAUGAUACCAAAUAUGGAGCUUGGAAUAAAAAAACGAAAUCCUGGGAUGGUAUGAUAUCUGAACUUAUAGAAGGAGAAGCAGAUAUAGCUCUUGGUAGCAUAUCAAUCACUGAAGAAAGGGAACACGUGGUAGAUUUUACGAAACCAUUUAUGAAUACGGGAAUAAGUAUAAUGAUCAAAAGGCCAGAUAAACAAAAACCAAACAUUCUAUCAUUUAAAGAGCCAUUUUCAAACAGUAUGUGGAUAUGUAUAAUGUGUGGAUUUGCUGGCGUUAGUCUUGUGUUGGUGUUAAUUGGACGCUUUAGUCCCUAUGAAUGGCAAAAUAAUUCAAACACUGGCCCAUCAGAAGAUUUUAGUGUACUUAACUCUUUAUGGUCAUCUUUUGGCGCAUUACUUCAGCAAGGUUCAGAUUUUCUUCCAAGUUCAAUAUCUGGUCGCAUAGCUGAAUGUGCCUGGUGGUUUUUCACAUUAAUCAUAGUAUCAUCAUAUACAGCAAACUUAGCUGCUUUCUUAACAGUAGAAAAACUCAAUAUACCAAUAAAUUCUGCAGACGACUUAGCACGACAGUCCAAAAUAAAGUACGGUAUCUCAAAAGGUGGUUCUACAGAAAAGUUUUUCAGUACUUCAAAUGUCUCAGUAUAUAAACAGAUGUGGGAAUUUAUGGAGGCUACACCACAAUCUGCAUUCGUUAAUGGCAACCUGGACGGUUGGAAAAAAGUAUUAGAAGGAAAAGGGGAAUAUGCAUUUUUGCUUGAAUCAACUAGCAACGAUUAUCGAAAUCAGCAAAAACCAUGUAAAACGAUGAAGGUUGGUCAUAACCUCAAUCAAUAUGGUAUUGGCAUUGCAACAAAACAAGGAAGCGAAUUAAGUCGAAAGUUAAACCUAGCUUUACUGGAAAUAAUAGAAAAAGGAGAACUUAUUAAUUUAAAACAGAGAUGGUGGUACGACAAAGGACAGUGUGGUCAAUCAGCAGCAUCAGUGGGAAAGAAAUCUUUAUCGCUUAGUAAUGUUGCUGGAACAUUUCACAUAGUCAUUGGAGGUCUGGUUAUAGCAAUGAUUUUCUCAGCUUUGGAAUUUCUCUUUCAUCAUAAGAAGAAUCAACGCAAACAGAGCAAGGUUAUUAAAACAACAAUGAUAACAGACAUGACGGACAUUGAACAUUUCGACAUGGAACGCAAAAACGAUGAAACGAAACCAUUAAAACCAUCUAACAUAAAUGGUGCCCAAGAUAAUAAAGGACACCCAUGCCUUUGUCGGGGUAUGCUAACUGUAUUUAAAGAACAGAAUAAUUCGUGUCAAACAACAACAACAUCACCUGCAAACCUUAUUAUGUUCGACUCGAUCACAGAAAAUGGAUCUACAAUGCUUUGACGAGGAACAUUCGAACACACGAAGGAAAUAAAAAGGGUCAAAUAUUUUCAUCCGUUUGACGACUGGAUCUGUAGAUCGACUUAAAACUUGGAUUGGUUAUUGAUAGUUUGAUAUAAAGAGUGGUUUUUAUGUUACACAGAUAACGAUUCAUAUUGUGUCUUCACAACAAUUAUGCUUAAAUAUUUGCACGAACAUUUUAUUUCAUCAAAAUAUUUGGGGAGUUGUUUGACAAUUUAUUACUGACGUGAAACAAUGCAACAGAACUAUUUAUUCUUGAUUUGGAUUUUUUUUAAUAUAUGGUUAAGGAAA